AUGAACAACAACUCGGGCGUCGCGCAGCAAGCCCCGCAGAUUUACCUCCCCGUAUCUUCGAUUAAUUGCGAUCACUCAAAAGGGUCCAUCUCCAUCCGUUAUCUAAUGAAACGCAAGGGUAAUCAAAAUGAUUGCAAUCGUGUGUCGCAGGGAUCUCGCUGGGCACGUCAGCACCGCUCGAGUGGAGACACCAACGAGUGGAGCGCUGCUCGCGAGUUAAAUCGAGGCACGUGUAGCUCCGCUGUCUUGCCUGCUCCGGCGCCCCGGCGCAAUGCCGCGCGUCGUAAGGCAGAUCGCUUUCGUUCGUCAAAUGGCGGCCACAAAAACUCGCAGCGGCCACGCUUCAAAACCGUAGAUCUUCGGUGCCGCACGGCUGUCCGGCGGGUCAAACAGAAAAUCAUCAUUGGCAUAGCUGGCAAUGGCCUGGUGCUCUCGCGAGCUACACUUGCCUGGGGCGCGCCGACCAGCCUCCAGGGCGGAAGGAAAUCACAGCGAUCACCCGCGAGCCACGCCACGAAGGAGGCUGCGAAAGUGCAUCUGCUCCCCCUACCGACACUCUACCGACAUUUCCGGAUCGCCGGACACAAGCGCUCUCAGCUUGCUUGGGCUUCGAAACGAUGCCGAUCAAGCCCCGCCAAGUCGUCCGACAUCAUGGUACAUGUGCCAAGCGAUGGCAAGCCGCUGGGUUGGUGUCAGCCACUGCCGUGCAAGCCAGGGCUUCGCACGAGGAUUAAACCGUACAGGGCGGUACGGCUCGCAGCGGACCGCGGGGCCGCUAAUGGAAAUUAUACGCAGAGGUUCAGGAGCGAUCGUGGUGCUGCACUGUACGCCUGGCAAGGAGGCCAAGGUUCCGAUAAGCUCUACCCUACUCAAAGGAUCAAUCAGCGUGUGGCCGGUGCCGUCUCGAUUGACUGA